UGAAAUUGCUCGGUGCUGUAGUGUGUAUUUUCUCGUGGGUGAGGUGUUUUCUUGUAGCUGAUAAUUUUGAAUAGUGUUCACGUUUUGUAAACUCUCAAAGUAGAACAAAGUGUUUAGCUUCUCGUCGAUUGCUGAGAUUUUGACGGAUUGUGGCAAAAAAGUGGGUCUGUGGACGAAGAAAGGCGUGAUAAGAAGUUGCAGCUCGCGAAAGAUUCAGAAUAAAUAAAUUGGAUGAAAAUGUGUGUUUGCUGCUAAAUAAGGAAGAAUUGCGGCAAAGUGUGCAGGAAGUUAUUUUUCUGAGGUUUGCUGUUAGAGAAUGUCACCAGAAAUUGCUUAGCGAAAAGUGUGAGUGAAAAAGUGCGACGACUUUCGGUGGGUUGAAUCCAUUUGGUGCCGCGAGGAAAGAUACAUCGAAGGAGUUUGGCUGUUUUGUGAAUAUUUUUGUCCGAAUCGAAUAGCACUAGAAAAGGCGAAGUCUGUGGCCAGACAUCUCAAAUAAAGAAGAAGUAAGGGCGAAUGCGGAGACGGCAGCAAUAGAAACAGCAAAAGCAGCAGCAGCAGCUAAAAAUAAGGAAUGUAAAUUCAAAGCGCGGCCUGUUGGGAGAGAGAGUUUUGGCUUUGUCGAAUUAUGAUUGUACAAGAUCAUCACUUGAAGUAAGCAGAGAGUAAGAAAGAGAGCGAUAGAGCUACUCACAAGUGCUUCUCCGUUGGACAGUGUAGUGUUUACUCUGGAUCGAAAGGAACGGGAACGCCAUAAUGUUGGCACCAGGAAUCCGAGUCGUUCGAGGACCCAACUGGAUAUGGCAGAAUCAAGAUGACGGUGAGGGACACGUUGGAACGUUGUGCGAAGUAGGACGUUCCGGAUCGACGCACUCGCCGGAGAAAACAGUGGUAGUGAACUGGGACUCGGGUCAUCGGACUAAUUACCGAGUCGGCUAUCAGAAGCAAUACGAUCUGAUCGUGGUGGAUAACGCCCAGAUAGGUGUGAAGCACCCGAACAUCAUCUGCGACGGUUGCACCAAGCCGGGCAUCGCGGGUAUACGGUUUCGCUGUGCGGAUUGCUCCAACUAUGAUUUAUGUGCCACAUGCUACGGGAAUGAUGUUCACGAUUUAGAGCACUCGUUCAUCCGCUACCAGACGGCAAACUCUGUCGGUGUUCGCGUCCCGCCGCGGAAGGGAGCAAUCAAGACACAGCUGAAAGGUAUCUUCGUUGGUGCACGUGUCGUACGGGGACCAGACUGGGAAUGGAAUAACCAGGACGGUGGGCCGAGCAAGACUGGACGUGUUAUGGAAAUUCGAGGUUGGGACAACGAAUCGUGUCGAAGCGUAGCAAACGUGUCCUGGGCUUCCGGAUCGACGAACGUAUACAGGUUAGGACAUAAGGGAAACGUGGAUCUGCGAUACGUACAGCCAGCCGUUGGAGGAUAUUACUACAAAGAUCACAUGCCUGUGUUAGGUCAACCAGAGGAGCAGCAGCCGGUGUCACCGCCGAUUCGCUCGCAUUUCAAUGUCGGUGACCGUGUUCAGGUAGCCAUCCCGGAAGAAAGGCUCAUGGGACUACAACAGGGACAUGGAGGCUGGAAUCCUCGGAUGGCGGAAUACCUCUCGAAGAUUGGCAUUGUACACCGGAUCACGGACAAGGGUGACAUCCGAGUGCAGUACGAGGGGUGUGCGAACCGUUGGACGUUUCAUCCGGCAGCCCUCAUCAAAAUCUAUAGUUUUAAUGUAGGGGACAUUGUUACCUUUAUCACGGAUGCGGCGAAAAUGCAGCAGCUGCAGAAGGGCCACGGCGAGUGGGUUGAAACGAUGCACAACGUGUUGGGGAAAUCGGGAAAGGUCAUCAAGAUUUAUGGCGAUGGUGAUCUGAGAGUCCAACAGCUGGAUGAUGAACUGGCGUGGACGGUGAAUCCCAAAUGCGUGAAACUGGAACGAUCGCUGAUAUCGCAGGCAACGGCGACGGAACGAUCGAACAGUAUGAUGGACUUGAGCAAUCAGCGCACGAAUGAGCACCACAUUACGCCACUUUCGGGGUUAUCCGGAACGUCGGCAGCUGAUAGGCUUGUGCGGGAGGCUGCCCAAGGAAAUAUGGAUUUUGUUCAGAACUAUCUUAGUGCCAACCAGGAGGAGGUGGAUUGCGUCAGCGGAGGCAAAACGUGCCUGCAGGUGGCCGCCCAUCAGGGCCACGUAGAUCUGGUGAAACAUCUACUCGCGCUGGGUGCCAACGUGAAUGUGGUCGACAAGGAGGGAGAUUCUACGCUGCACUACGCGGCAUUUGGGAAUCAGCCGGAAAUAAUGCGAAUUUUGUUGCAACAUAAUGCCAAUAUCGACGUGCUGAAUUCUUCCCACUGCUCUGCGCUGCAUAUUUCGGCUCACAAAAAACCACCGCACUGUGUGAAGGUACUGCUAGAGUUUGGUGCGAAUGUGAAUGUUCAGGAUGCGUACGGCGAUACGGCGUUGCACGAUGCAAUCGGUAAGGAGAACACCGAAGUGGUGGAGUUGCUUUGCAACUGUUCGACGCUAGACCUAACGAUUAGGAACAAGAGGGGAUUCAAUGCGCUGCACCACGCUUCGCUGAAGGGAAAUGUACACGCAGCUAGGAAUAUUAUCCGUCUGGCGCGACAGUUGGUGAAUGUGCGGAAAGACGAUGGAUUUUCUGCACUGCACUUAGCCGCACUAAACGGACACUCGAAAGUGGUAGAGGUUCUGGUGAAAGAAGGACAAGCAGAUAUCAACAUAAGAAACAACAGACGGCAGACGCCAUUCUUGUUGGCAGUUUCGCAAGGACACACCGCAGCUAUCGAGAAGCUGGUCGAGUUGAAAUGUGACAUUGCAGCGAAAGACGAAGACGGGGACAACGCUAUGCAUUUGUGCAUUAUAAAGAAAGCUAACUUGGUACAAGAAGUGUCGGCAACCGAUUCGCCGAAGAUUUUCGAAAUGUAUCAAUCACUAGCGUCAGUUGUCAAUGAGAACCGUCUAAUGUAUGCACUCUUGUGUUUUCUUGCUAAAGAAGGCUGUCCGCUUGACGUGAAUUACAAAGGAGCGCGAGUGCUGGAUUGGAUACCUAGUCAACAAAUUAAGGAUAUUAUUAUUGGAUUUGAGAGAAGUAGAGUUACAAGAGAGAAAACGACCAUCACCGCGCCUCCAGUUACAGAUCGAUCGUUGAAUAACUCUAGAGACGAGGAAGAUGAUACACCGCUGAAUCACGUUCAGAUCAAUCUGGAAGCGAUCAAUCUAGCUGGAAACAAUCUGGACGAAGGGGAAAGUAAUAAUUCGGCUCUAUUACCGGAAGGAGUAGCGAACCCGGGGACGAGUGGAUUUUGCCAAUCCAACCCUCCGACACCGGCUCGCAGAAAUAGAGGCCACAAUCGGGAAGCAGUAUUGGCCACACCACCACCGAUUCCGAGUCAUCAUUCGAAUGUUUUAUCACCCGAGGAUGAGUCCAAACGAAUGAACAUCGAACCGUCUGCACCCAGUGAUGCAUCCGGUCCUAGCGCACCCUUAGAUAGUCCCGCACGUUUCCAAUCACCAAGUCGAGCCUUAUCGCCUAUUAUGACGGGCACACCGGAAUCCGGCAGUGGCUCAUCCAAGCAUAUCAGCCGCCGUCAGUAUUCGGACAAAAAUCCAACCCCUUCUCCAGUGUCCGUUUCCGCUAGCCCGCCAGUAAUCAAUCACAAUCCUCAGGAGUGUAUCGUGUGCAACGAGUUGUUACUGUUGAUCAUAUUUGAGCCCUGUCAGCAUCAAAUUUCAUGCGAAGAAUGUGGAAUCCGAAUGAAGAAAUGUUUAUCCUGUGGGGUUUACAUUGAGCGGCGUCUAACGAUUAGCGGUAAACUCUUGUUCAAUCCCAAGGAUACUCGGCAACCUUCGGCUGAUCGUCUACGGUAUCUGGAAAGCAAAAUCAUGGAGAUUGAGGAAACCCAUUGUUGUAGCAUCUGUAUGGAACGUCGACGGAAUGUGGCUUUCCUGUGCGGACACGGGGCGUGCUCGAAAUGCGCUGAAACGCUCAAAGUUUGUCACAUGUGCAGGAAAACGAUCACCAAAAAGAUCAAUCUUUACUAGAAGUUAUAUUUUAUCCGCGAAAGUUUCUCCAGCUAAGUCGCGAAGUUACCAAAAAAAAUCAACGAGAUCCUUCACUUCUUCUUCCGCAUUUCCAAUUUUGUGCUUCUGUGUUUGUCACUCUAUCGCACUCGAAGUAUUUUUUUCUUCUACUCAGGGUGCUCAUACAUUGUUUGACCGAAGCCAAAUAUUUGACUCUUUUUGACAGAUAAAAUUUGGUCAACGUGUACUGAUCAAAUAUAUUCUACACAAAACACGACAAGCAAAUAUUCAAUUAUUGGAUGCCUAAAAUAUUUUUUCAGUUUGUUCUUCGAACCUGUCGGUACAUGGUUAGGUUACCUUGGAUAUUUCAGUUGAUUUUUUUCCAUGUUCGGUGUUUGAUAUUGUUUACUACUGUUUAAAAUUGAAGAGUGGCAAACAAAAUAGUGUUUGUACAAAUAUCAAAUCAAACCUUAUCUGUCAAAAAAUAUCAAAUAUUUGACCUCCGGGCAAACAGUGUACGGCCACCUUCACCACUAUUCUAUGUGUAAAUAAGUAAAUCUUUAUAUCAAAUAAGUGUAUUUAUGUGCAUGUUUUUCCCGGAAUGCUACAAAAGGAGAGCGAGCAUAAAAAGGAUAGAAAACGAACGGUUUAUCAUUGAUUUCGCGUGGACUGAAGUAUAGCAUAGAAGCUAGAGUGCAGCUAUUUGUUCAUAUGUAUAUUCAUUCACAUAUACAACCUGAUCUAUGCACGGACGCACUCUUCAAAACAGUUGUCGUAAUAAAGCUUGAUUGUAUAUUGAUUAUUUUGGGCAAUCUGCAGGAAAGUUUGUUUGUUUUUGUUUUGUUCGCUUAACCAUACAUUUAUAACUUCUGAUAGUAACACAAUGUUUUUCAAAGAAAAUGUGAACGCGAAUAAACCGAACGAACAGCAGAAUAAGUAUGCAAAAAAUAAAAUGAGUUUUUAAAAAUA